AUGGCCUCCGAACCCUUACGCAGCGCCCAGGGCGACAAGAUGCCCAUGGACAUGCAGGAGAUUUCCCAAAAUAUACAAUUGUUGCCCGAGGAUACUUUGGAAAAAAUCGCAAAAGGCCCUCUGGUGAAAUUUACACAUACGUGUGAUGAUGUUGAAAAAGCGAAGAGAGUGUUCACUUCUCUGUUGCAGACGUUUGGGUCAGCAUCAAUCUCCCAUAGUCAUACCACAGCUGCGUGUAAUGCGCUGAGCGCCUUCAUUGACGCAGCUUUCGUCUCAAAGUCUCAAGAUGUUCGCCAACUUGCUCGAUCACAGGAGACAUUGGUCUUGAUAUUUGACAAUUUCUUGACCCGUUUUAAAGAUGUCAAGCCCAGGCCUAUGAAGCAAGUUUUGGAGUCAUUGGCAGUGAUCCUCGCCAAAUCCCGCGAGGCGCCAGAAAAUGAUGCGGCUAGGAAGGCGUUUGUGAACGCUGUGCUUCCAAGUAUUAUACUUGGGGAACCUAGGACCAGGCUCAAGGCUUCCAUCAUUGCAUUGGAAACGUUGAUACGCAAAAAUGCGAUCCAUGCGGUUGAGCUGACCUCACUGGUCGGGGACUGGCUUUUGCAGAAUUCAGACAAGUGGUCCAUUGUGUUGCAAGAAGAAUGCCGGGUCUCCUCCAUAGAUAUUCCCAAAUACCUGCAGCGGUCCUCUAACACGGCAGGUUCCGACUUAUAUUUCAAGGAGACAUCGGUCGAGAUUUUACUCCUAGGCCUUCUCAACCGAACAAAGGCGUUUGAGUUGGCCGCAUCUGUGGGCGAAGUUAUGACAAUCUUCUUCCGGAAGCUCCAGCAGCCAGCAGGCUCUGCUCCUCCGCCCACUGAGGAUGAAAAGAGUCUUACAUUAGUCUGGGUGAGACCGGUCAAGCAUUUCCUCCUACAAAACCUCGAAAUCUUAGACAAGUUGACUCACUCUAUACUCCAACGUUUAUUCGAGGUUAGCACAGGUGGUUUUCGCCAUUUCCUCGAUACGUUGCCGCUAAACAGUCUUCUGGCCGGCGACAUGAGCAGCUCUUCAUCGGCUGAACUAACUUUAUUAUUUGCGUCCUUGCAACUAGCAAAGAAGAUUGGGUUGGUCCACGAAGAUCAUUAUUUCUCCAGAUCGCCAGCUGGCAGCGCUCAGGAUAGUAGCGUGCUAGUUUUGAAAAGCGAAUUCAUUGGCCAAUUCCUCUUCCAUCAUGAUUUCAAUAUCAAGAUGGCCGCCCUUUCUUUGCUGAUAAUGGCUCCAUCCACCACAAAACCCCUCUCAUCAGGUGCCAUACGGGUGAUAAUCAAAAGCCUGCCAUCUUUACAUGCGGAAUCCGAUCCUGGCUCAAGAGGAGAAAUUCUAAGCCUAGUCCGCGGGUUGCUAAUCCGCCUGAAAGGUGGCGUUCUUGCAAACAAAGAGAAUCCAGUCACAUACAAGACUGCAAAUAAGAAGCUGGUGCCGAUCUUCGAAAGGGACGAUAACGAAACCGAGGCCUGCAUGAAGGACUAUAUGGUAUUUCUAACGGCAGACCUACGACCAACCGCCUCUUAUCAUCGGCAUAGCAUGGCUCUAAAGACCAUUCUACUCCUUCUUGAGUCUGGUAUUGAUGAGCGCUACAGCGGUGCUGUGUCCAAUAAGCCUGAACACCGCGACAUUAAGUGGAAGUUCCACCUAGAGAUCUUCAGCCCCAGGCUUGAGAGACUGCUGGUGGAUCUUCUAUUAGACCCGUUCGAUGAAGUGCGUUCAACAGCCUUACACCUGCUGAAACUAUUUCCAAAAGCUGUGCUCUUUGGUGGAGUCGGCCGGACUACAGAGAAACCAGAGCUGCUGAUUGCCCUCGAUAAAGCAGGGCAACUGGCAAGCAAUACCAGUAGAGCCGAUCAUGCUGAUACAGUUGCUCGCCUGUACUCUGUGAUUUUCUUCACGGCAGAUUCGCGAGAACCAGGUGAGACCAAUUGGUGGGAUACUAGGAUGGGCGUCGUUGGAACGAUAUUGCAAAAGCUGGAGGAUAAGCUCUCAUCUCCAGAAGGGCUUUUCAACUCAGCUUUGCGUGAUGCGCCUCUUCACGGCUAUCUUUGCGCCCUUCGGUAUAUUGUCUCUUCACCGAACUUCUACACGCUCGUUGCUUGCGAAAGCUCCCCGGGUUCGGAGAACUGGAGAUCAAUCCACGACAGAAUCUCGUUCAUUUGUGAUCGGGUCUGGGACGAAGUUAAGCCUCAGCUUUGUAUUGACUCCCCAGAAGGACAUGCGGCAGAAGAUAUCGAGGACCUUGAAGUUGGUCCAAAAGAUAUCCUCUCUUAUUCCUGGCGUGCGCUUCGAGAGUCCAGUCUUCUUUUGCACGCUACAUUGUUCAACGAGACUUACGGACCCGAAGGCCCCGGUGGCUUGACGAGAGAUGAUUAUGCAAAAAUCGGAAAGAGCAGCUUCACUCAGCUCGCCGAGCUGCGCCACCGAGGAGCUUUCUCGACAGUGGCCCAGACAUUCUCGACUUGCAGCCAGCGAUGCGGCCAGUCAAGUAACCCUGAAAUUUCAGCUCUACCCUUACUAUGGUACCAGGAAGCGAAGAAAAUCAUAUUUGAAACAGCGUCAAAACUCACCCGCCGAUCAGCUGGUCUGCCGGCAUUGAUCGCAGGAAUCUUGUUGUCCAACCCCGGUGGACCAUUAUUUCAGCAAGUGGUUCGCGAGCUUCAAGAUGUGGCUCAACUACCCGCGCAGCUUGACGUACGCAGCCAAACCGUUGAAUUACCUCAGGUUCACGCGAUGAACUGUCUUCGAGAGGUCUAUAACAAUGCUAGGCUCGGUCCCCAUACGGAGAGUUUCAUCAUGCCGGCGUUGAAUCUCUCAGCAGAACGGAUGGGCUCACCAAUCUGGGCUCUGCGAAACGCUGGCCUGAUGCUCUUCCGCGCACUCAUGAACCGUAUGUGCCGAAAUGAUUUCCAAAGAUUCGGUGGCGAGUCUGGAUCAGAGCCGGGUGCUAGAAUCUCAUUCCAGAAAUAUCCCGGCCUGGUCCAACUGCUGUCUCGCCUUCUGUCUCCGUCGAAGGAUACAGAUAAUUCCGAGCAACAGGAAUCAGCUAUCAUUACUGAGCGGGUAUUCCCAGCCUUGGAGCUGAUUGCGGAGAAGAUUCCAAAUGCUUCGGAAGCUCAAGAUGAUGCCAUGUUGCUCAACUUGAUACGGGAGCACCUCAAGAGCCCCGUUUGGGGUAUUCGUGAGCACGCGGCACGAGUCUAUGCCUCGCUGUUGGAUCGAACGAAUAUCCUCGAGGACAUUCGGAAGUUGCUCAAUGCUCGCGACGCCGAAACCCAGAACUACCUACAUGGGGAAUCUGUGUGCGUCAGGUACGCACUCCGUAGGUUUGCGUUCACGCCUUCAGCCUUCUGGAACGACCAUAUUGAGAGGGUUAAUGCCGUUAUCAAGGAGAUUUUCGCGGCAUCAUAUCCAGUCGCUAGAAGCCCCUUCGUAACGACGACUCUGCUGGAGAUGCUCAGCGAUGCUGUUGAGAGGAGCGUCGAAUCUGGAGCUGAACGUGACAUGAUCCCGCUCAUGGACCACAUCUUCGCUACCUACGAUAUUUUGGAUACUCUAGCUUUUGCAUUUGAUUCGAGUGACUCAUCUUGGGCUACCUUGAGCACCACUCGAGCAUUCUCUCUCUGGCGUAGACAGCUUGCCUGGGUCACUGUUCUGAGGAUACUUGUGAGUGGUGUAACAACUGGGCUACAACUUCUCAUCUACGAGGUGGCAACCCUGGACCCCAACGCUUGCCAAUUGAUUCUGGAGAGGUUGCAUGAAACCUUUGGGUCUAAAGAGGCCUACAGCCAAACAUUGAACGCACUCUACAGCUCUGUCAUUGUUGGAAAACUCCCCCUUGAGACUCUCAGAUCCCCAGACAUUGAGUCAGUCCUUGGAAGAACUAGCUGCACAAAUAAAGAUUGUCUCGACGACAAAGGGAUUCAACAGAGAUAG